UCUUCUUUUUAUUACACAACUUUUUUCUUCUUUUAUAAUUUGCAUCCUUGAGUUUGUUUCCAUUCGGGCGCUUUUAGUAAAUGGCCAGGGGAAAACAAAAGGAACAAGCAAGAGAAAAGGCUCAGAAACAAGCCGAAAAUAGACAAGGAGGUAAAUCUCAAUUGGGUGCUCGUGCUGCGGGUUUGCAACUAAAAUGUCCCGUUUGUAAAACUCCUGUAGCUAAUUAUAAAAUCAUUGUCCAACAUAUGGAGGCAAAACAUCCUAAAGAAACUAUCCCACCUGAAAAAGAUUUUCAAUGAAAUCUAUAUCAGCAGUUGAUCAUCUUUUACUAACUCAUUUUUAUAGCUUACUUAUUUUAACGAAUCCUCCGAGUCUUUCUCUUUCUUGGAGAUCAAAAAAAAAAAAAUAAUUGUUAGAAAAAAAAAUUAUUUUGGAAUAGGGUGAGACUCGGAGGGUAUUUUUUAUUUUGAAUUUUCUUUUUUUUUUCCUCGUGUAGUAGUACUUUUUUUUUCAUGUGAAAAAUGAUGUAAUUAUUAUUAUGUAUAAUUGUUUAUUGUAUUUAUGUUUUUAUCUGAUUGAUGUUCUUUACGAAAAAAAAUAAAGGUAAAAUAUUUUAGUUC